UCUAACUGGAGUAACGUUAGCAGCUGACUGGCGUGGCCGCCUUCAACAACAGUACAAUUGCGCCAAGCACUGUCGCUUUAUCCUACCAUUCUUUUUAGACUGUAGUUUAUUUGUUGUUUUUUUGUGUGGUUUGAUCUGCGUUUAAUCGCGACUGGUGAUAUGGAAAGGAAAGCUGACCGUUGAAGGCUUGUGAAAUCGCAGGCUAACGGCUCACGUCGAAUUGUUUACGUGUAGCUAGUUAACAGUUAGCCAGUUAGCAAAUCUGACAGCCGAUAUGAUGGCACGUUUGAGAAUGAAAUGGAUGUUCGUGUCAUUCGGUAUGGAUUUAUAGGUUCAUACACACUCUCUCCACAUCGGAUGUGGUCGAAUCGAGUGAGUUAGAAACAACGAUUAAAGCACGAUGGAUAAACCUCCUUUUAGACAGAAUCAGGUCUGUGGCUCUUGGCACAUGAAGGAGAGGCUUGGAACAGGUGGAUUUGGUCAUGUCUACUUGUAUCAGAAUCAGGAGUCCUCAGAAAAAAUUGCUGUGAAGCUCUGUCGGCUUGAACUUAAUUCCAAAAACAAAGACAGAUGGAGCCGAGAGGUUCAGAUUAUGAAAAAGCUAAAACAUGUUAAUGUAGUGACAGCAAAAGAUGUGCCUGAUGAGAUGAUGCACAUUGCCUUGAAUGAUUUACCACUUUUAGCCAUGGAAUACUGUUCCAAGGGAGACCUUCGAAAGUUGUUAAGCAAACCUGAAAAUUGCUGUGGGUUAAAAGAGAGUGAGGUGUUGGCUUUACUAAAUGAUGUCGGUUCCGGAAUCCAGUACCUCCAUGAGAAUAAGAUCAUUCACAGAGAUCUCAAGCCAGAGAAUGUUGUACUGCAGGACAUCAAUGGAAAGCUUGUCCACAAAAUAAUCGAUCUUGGCUAUGCCAAAGACCUGGACCAGGGGAGCCUAUGCACUUCAUUUGUGGGCACUUUGCAAUAUCUGGCUCCAGAGCUGUUUGAAGGCAAGUCAUACACAGUCACUGUUGACUAUUGGAGCUUCGGCACCAUGAUCUUUGAGUGCUGUUGUGGAUUCCGCCCUUUUCUUCACAAUCUCCAGCCUGUGCAGUGGACAAGCAAAGUGCGAAACAAAGGCCCGAAGGACAUAAUGGCUGUGGAAGAUAUGAAUGGAGAGGUCCGGUUUUCUACCCACCUUCCAUACCCCAACAAUUUAAGCAGGACACUACUGCAGCCCUUGGAGGGACUGUUGCAGCUGAUGCUUAAGUGGGACCCAGUACAAAGAGGAGGAGGAUUAAAUCCAGACGCAAAACAGCCCCAUUGUUUCGGUCUUCUUGAUCAAAUACUAAACAUUAAGGUUGUUCACAUCUUGAACAUGACAACGACCCAAGUACACUCGUUUCUGCUCAGCCCAGAUGAAGGGCUCCUCUCCCUGCAACAAAGGAUUGAGGCUGAGACCAAAAUUGAACUUCUGAAUCAAGAGCUUUUGCAGGAAACGGGAGUUAUGUUAGAUCCCAGGAAACCUGCUGCACAGUGUGUUUUAGAUGGAGUAAGAGGAUGGGACAGCUACAUCGUAUAUCUGUUCGACAAGAGCUUAACCAAGUACUCAGGACCUCUAACAGCUAGAACACUUCCUGAGAGUGUCAACUUUAUUGUGCGGGAAACCAGAACCCAACUCCCUCUCAGUGCCCUGAAGAAGGUAUGGGGUGAGGCAGUUAGCUACAUCUGUGGUCUCCGAGAGGACUACAGUCGCCUCUUCCAGGGUCAACGUGCAGCCAUGUUGAGCCUCCUUCGCUACAACACCAAUCUUACACGAUACAAGAACAUGAUGUUCUCAUUUUCCCAGCAGUUGAAAGCUAAGCUUGAUUUUUUUAAGAGCAGCAUACAAUACGACUUGGAGAAAUAUAGCGAUCAGAUGCAGUAUGGCAUAUCCUCAGAGAAGAUGCUGAAGGCUUGGCAGGACAAUGAAGAGAAGGCAGCUGCAUUUGUACAGGUGGCAGAGAUUGGUCAUUUAGAUGAGGAGAUUAUGGCGCUGCACUCGGAAAUUGUUGAGCUUCAGAGAAGUCCUUAUGCUCGUCGACAAGGAGACGUCAUGGAGCAGCUGCAGGAGAGAGCAAUUGAACUCUACAGACAAUUGAAGACAAAAUGCAAAAUGCCAGACCCCCAGCAUGGCUACAGUGACAGCUCGGAGAUGGUGAAAGUCAUUGUACAAACUGUCCAAAAUCAAGACAGGGUGCUAAGAGAUCUUUAUGCACAUCUCAGUAAAAUACUUCUGAGCAAGCAGAAGAUUAUCGACCUCUUCCCUAAAAUCGAGAGGACACUGGAGUGCAUUAAGGAGGCAGACAGCACUGUCAUGCAGAUGCAAAUCAAGAGACAAAGAGAGUUUUGGCACUUACUAAAGAUCGCCUGUGCACAAAACAUUACACGAGGCCCUGUAAGCCAGAGUGCUGAGAUGCUCUCUUCACUGUCAACAUGGAAUCAGACUCAAGCCCAGUGUUCUUCUCGAUCACCCAUGUCCCUGCAAGUGCCACACGAUGGUGAAUCAGUCAAUCAUCUGCUUGAGGAGAACCAGCGCUACCUGAGCCAACUAACCAGUUUACUGCAAGAAACACCUGAAGAGAAAUCAGAAAGCAUAAUGGCUCAAGACUGGAGCUGGACUAAAUAUGAAUCGCUGCUUUCUAAAUCACAGCGCUUAUAGAGUCAAGACAUACUCUAUGACUGGAAGUAACAGUUUUUCUUUUAUAUACAGUUACUCAUCAUCACUGGAUUGGGAUUUGUGUUGAUUUGUAUAAUUUGUUAAUCCUAAAGUAACCUUUGACUGUAUCUAAAUUCAGUUAAAAUCACAUUUUGCGGUGUUGUAGCUACCCUGUAUAUUUUGAGGAUGCAUUUUGAAUUGACAUGGAACCAACAACAUGCAACAAAUAUCUAGAAAUGUAUUUAUUUACAUAUGUCAUAGUUCUCUGUAUGGGCUGAUUGUACUGUCAUUUUAGCUGGGUAAUUUGUUUGUAGUUCAGCAUCUGCACUUUAAAGGCUCACUGUGAAUGUUCUGAAAGUGUGAGGUCAAUGAAAUUGGUCACGUCACUUAUUGAAAGUAAGGAAGAAUAGAGACAAACCUUUUCCAUUUCUGAAUAAGACACAGAAAUACACAAAGGCAGUGAUGGUAACCAAUAUUGAAUAAUGGUUAAGAAUGACUGUGAUUGUUCAUCAGUGGGCACAUUUUAAUGAAUUCAAAUGAGCCAUCAUACAAAAAUAAAGAAUAAUAGAUUGUUAUAUUUGAAAUUCAUAGUUAUAUUAUUUUCCUGUAAUUGAGUUGGUCCUGUUUUUCACAUUUUUUGGCUCAAAGACGAUCAGCUCAACAAGAGUUAUUAUAUAUCAUAAACUAAAAAAGACUUUUUUUUUCUGAGGAUAUUUCGGGUUUAAAAUUGACAUCUUCUGAAUGAACACUUAGGUUUUAAUGUGUUUACUGUGUACAUGACAAAUAAACUGUAAUAAAAGUG